CACACAGUUGUUGCUUUUCCUUCAGAGCCAUUUUUUUUGUACAAAAAUGUUUGGAGAAACGUUUAAAAAUUUUACAAUACAUUUCAACGCCAAUAACCCGAGAGUGACUUUCUCGAGUGGUGACUUUAUGGCAGGUCAGAUUUCCUUUGAUCUUUCGAAAGAAACAAAGCUCAGUUCUAUAACAUUAACAUUAAAUGGAAAAGCAAAGGUACAGUGGACAACACAAGGAGGAGGUGGUGGAAGAAGAGGACGACGCAGAAGGCAACGACGAGUCCACUCAGCAAGGCUGGAAUUCUUCAACUUCUCUCAAAUCGUAAUGCAAGAAAAUAACGCGGUCCCUAACACCACACUUCAACCAGGAACCCAUGUGUACCCAUUCACAUGCCAAAUCCCACAAGGAAACUUCCCCUCCUCUUUCCAUGGGGUGCAUGGCAGUAUCAUUUACUCAAUGAAGGUGGAGAUACACAGGCCAUGGCAUCUAGCCAAGGAGUUUGUGACUGAGUUCAACUUUGCCAGCCACAUAGAUGCCAACCAACCACAUCUUCUGGCUCCUCUGGCAGGCAGCAACACCAAGACCCUGUGCUGCCUCUGGUGUGCCUCAGGUCCCAUCUCAAUGACUGUCUGCACUGAGAGGAAAGGCUUUGUCCCAGGAGAGAUGGUGAAAAUCAUCUGUGAGCUUAGUAACGGCUCCUCUCGGAUAGUGACUCCGCAUGCAACCCUUAUCCAGAAGCAGAUGUUUUACACCCAUAACAAGUGCAACAGGAGGUUGCAGAUGAAAAACCUGGCUUCAGUGGAUGGUCAGCCGGUCAACCCCAGUAGCUCUGAGGUCUACAGCGAUAUGAUGCUUCUCAUCCCUCCCAACACGACUCUCACUAUCUCCAACUGUCCUAUACUGGAGCUGGAUUACACUGUGGAUGUGAGUCUACGUAUCAGAGGUUCCACGGACCUCAAGGUGCUGUUCCCCAUUGUGCUGUGUAAUAUUCCUGUUUACGCUCCCCAGCCUCCACCGCCAUAUCAGUAGCAGUAGUACUAGGAUCACGUUGCCCCUAGACUCCAAUCUAAGGUCAGUUCAGUGUUUUUCUACCUAGUGGUUAGGAUUUAGGCAGGGUAAGCAGCGCUUAGAUACGAAGGGAAACUUGUACCUAGUCAUAUUAGAGACAUGCAUAGUGUCUCACAACAUCCGUAACCAAAGUUACGUCUGGGAAUAUGAGGGUUACUAGGAACCAUUCUUCUGGUGAGCUGGUUUUUGUGUCACUGAUUAUUUGGACAAAUCACGAUUUCGCCGGGUUGGUCUAAACCUGGCAUCUUUAGAAUUUGGAAAGGGAGGGGUUAAUUUAGGCCCAUAGAUGGCUAAAAGGAUUUCAGAGGAGGGCAUGUGGACUUUGCCACUCACAUUAGGCCAAACAUCUCAGCUGGCCAGAGGCCCGCGUUCACUCUAGAUUUGGUUCUGGAUUCUGAGAUUAGACACUGCCAAACCCCCUUUUAAGAUGGGGUUUCCAAUUCUACAAUUUCUACAUGUUUAUCACCAUAAGAAUUGUUAGAGCAAGUUUUGUCAUCGACCACCAUGUCAAAUCCUUCCUUCAUAUAUUGUCUCUUACCAAUACCUAUGGAAGUCUUGUGCUAUUUCUGCUCACUAUUGCCAUAACUGUUCAGAAUUCAUUACUUUUUUAAAGACUGACAUUUCAGAGCCUAAUUCACCUCCAUCUAUGUCAUGAGAUGAGGAAAUGUUGGGCAAUGUUAUUGCUAAGAGGACUAACUUAAUACUACAGCUGAUAAGGAAGAAGGCUUGAUAGACAACUGAACUUGCUCUAACAAAUCUUACAUCAUAACAAAUUGUAGGAUUUAUGUUAAAUGCCUCUUAAAAAGGUUGAUUUGCAAUAGUUCUCAGGGUUGUACCAAAUACGGUACCAUAUUUUCUAAUAUUUUAUGCAUGAACUUUUAAAAGGUGUUCCAUUAAUAUUUCUGUUACAUGUUUUUCUAGCCAUACAGUUUUAUUUACAGUUGUGUGUGUGUAUAUAUAUAUAUAUGUAUAUAUAUAUAUAUAUAUAUAUAUAUAUAUAUAUAUAUAUAUACAUUUCAUACUACUUACAUGUAAUGAUGCCUUGCCAUCCUUCAGUGUUUGAGGUGACAGACAGUGCUUUAAAUAUCUAAUGGUGCAGUCGUCGUUCAUCUCUUUCCAGGUCAUGUUACUUAGCAUUUCUUUCAAGGUGCUUGAGUGAUUGUUAACAUAAGAUAAUUGGGCUUUGUGACUGUGUUUACUCAUGUUUGAUCAAUCGCUCCGUGGUGUAUGUCUGUGUCUCACCCUACUUGUCUUUUUUAUCAUGGUUAAUUUAAGGAUUCGAUUUGUUAUUCAUGGUCAACAACAUUGUUUUGCCCCAUUCAUUUGGAAAAAUAGAGUAUUCAGGAUGCUUGUGAUUCAAUCACUAAUUCGUUUGUACGUCCGUUUUAAAAUUACACUGUAAUGCUACUACACUGUUCUCAUGCUUUGGUCUGAAUAACAAAACCAUGUUUUUACACUCCUAGUUGUAUGAGCAUAAUCCAACAGAAAGUCUGAAACAUUUGACAUUUAUAUGGUUGAGCUUACUAUAUGAAGAACCACUCAAAUUCACGCACAAUAAUAUAUUAUUCAUAUGAAUUGUAUUGAUGUGUGUUUGUGUAAACUAUAUAUUGUAUUUAUGUUUAUGUUAUAACAGUGUUUUUAUGUCUGUUUUAACACUCCCAAGUUCAUCCAUUGAGGACAUCUACUCAUUUUAAACUCUUUCAAGAUCCCUUGAAGAGUUCAGUACUGCCGUUCAAAGAUGUGCACAACCCAUUUUUUUGAAUAUGUAUUGGUGGUAAAUGCAUUAUGUUGUAUUGAACGUGGACCUUUUUUUUCAUUUGAUUUCAAAUGUCAAAACUGGCCUUGUUUGUGACGUAGUCCUUGCCAUCGAGUUCCCUUGAACCUUCUUAAUGAAGACAGGGAAGUACACAUCUCUAGACUCUUUGUGUAUUGCCAAAAAUGUAUCAUUUGUAAUAUCACAAUAGAAACAUAGACAGUAUUCUGAUAACAUGUUGUAUUGUCUCUGUGUGUACGUACAUACAUACAUACAUACAUACAUACAUACAUACAUGUUUUAACCACAAUACCUUUUAGCAAUGUACUGUAUAUUUUGUUGUGUUUGUCAAACUGAGUAUCAAGGUAGCACUUUAGGAAAGCCCACUGAUAAACUAAGAUCUUCACAGAUUGGCCACCUGUAGAAUUUAACAUUUUGUAAGUACUGUUUGAAGGAUACUACUUAUAUGCCAUGAAUAUUAUUGACCUGUAAUAAACACAUUAACUUCCAUUUGACCAUUU